AUGGUGCUGGAUGGCGAGAAGUUGCGGCGUAUUGGCCGUGGUUCUGGCUUGGACAUCAUUGCUGCCUCAAAGUCGUGGAUAGCUUGGGGGUCGCUUUGCGCUCCACCACACAUGCUCACCCGCGACGCCCAGGGCAAGCUCGUAGGGGAAGCGGUGGUGCAGCCUGAGCUUGAUGCCCAUGCCAACGGCGAGGGCGUGCUGCUCAUGACGGUGGUGCUGACUUCAGACAUCAAGAACCGACAGCAAUGGCAGACGGCUGGUGAUUUGAUGAGUUAUCGUGUUGGCAGUCCACCAGUGCAGUGUGGCCUCUGCAGCAUGACACUGCCAAUGCGCGAGCUCGCUGCACACCAGAAGGAUCAGUGUCGAAUGGUCAUUUCUGAAUGCCCCCGCUGCCACAAGCAGGUGCCCAUUCGAGAGCUGGCGGCCCAUCAGGUCGGUCCGGAUUGUCUCAGCACGUUUAGCCUGGGCACGCAGACACUAGAGAUCCUUGGUUGUGGAUGGUCAUGUUCAUGA